GACGCUGGUAGGGGUCGGACGUAUCCGUUGAAAGCUCUACUAGCGCUUCUGCGAUCGUAACCGCGAAUUUGUGUGAAACGUUGGCGUCGUUUCGAUACGGGAAGUGAAACUUGUUUGUAUUUUUUGUACUCGAGUGUUGUGACUAUCGGUUCCUUAACUGGAUGCGUUGUGAUGGAUUCGUAAUUAAAUAUUACCGAGCAGUCGUUUCUGGAUUGGAAUUUAAUGUUGUGAUGGUCGCGUGAACAUGGCGCGGGGCGAGUUGCUGCUCGUGCUAUGGGUGGUCGCUGUCGCCGCUGACGGUAAACAUGAAACAUCUAGCCCGGAACCAGAUCACACAACAGCGGCAACUACACCACCCAUACCUCUCCGACCAGAGUACGCUCAUCCAGCAGGCGUCGAAGCGCUCGAUCCAUACAACUUCGAAAAGAGUCACCCACCUCCUCAAAAAGAAUAUUUGGAGGAAGACUACGACCAUGAACAUAAAGAUGAUGAACACGAACAUUCUCAUGACAACGACGAACUUUCUGGUGAUCAUCUCUUGCAAAGUUCAACAGAUGAUUUACCUAUGUUUCUCUUAGAGCCACAACAUGCAUUUGUGGUGAGAAAUAAACCAGCUUUACUAAGAUGUCGAGCGGCCAACGCGUUGCAAGUGUAUUUUACAUGCAACGAUGUUCGGUCGGUUCCGAGUAAGCAGUUUGAGUUUGUUGAUCCUCAGACGGGAGUGAGAAUAGUUGAGGCCGAGUGCAAUGUGACGAGAGAUCAGUUGGAGGAAUAUUUUGGGGAAGAUGGUUUUACUUGUACAUGUAACGCUUGGAGUAGCAGAGGGGAUAUUCACAGUCAGCCCGCGGUCGUCGAGUUGGCAUAUCUGAAGAAACAAUUUACCAUAUCUCCAUCACCAACGUCUGUGGAAGCAGGCUCAGCAGCCUCCCUCCGCUGCUCUCCACCAGCGGCUGCUCCUGCUCCAAGAGUAACUUGGUUAAAACAUGGAGCACCAUUGCAGCAGGAUCAUAAUGUGCUGGUUUCUGCUGAGGGGAAUUUACUGAUUUCUAGAGCUUCUUUACAAGACAUGGCGAACUAUAGCUGUGUGGCUGAAAAUAUCGCUGGUAAACGCAUUUCGGAACCUGCACUGUUAACCGUUUAUGUAAACGGCGGCUGGAGUUCUUGGGGUCCUUGGACCCACUGUCGCUGCAAUAGCCGCGUUACAGUCGGCCAGCGUAGAACGCGCACUUGUACCGACCCUCAUCCCCUAAACGGAGGUGCUCAAUGCCAAGGACAAGCAGUACAAAGGACCGCUGAUUGCGUACCAUGUCAGAAUGAUGGAUUUAAGGAUUUGGACUUUGAUAAUACGCAGCAAUUGUUAAUUGCUCUGCCUGGACGAUGGGGAGCUUGGUCGGAAUGGACUGUGUGCGGAUCGGACUGCAGACAGAGUCGACGACGGUCCUGCAGUGGUGACACUCAAUGUCCUGGAGCUCACAUACAACAUGCUGACUGCGUUGGAGAUUUCUGUGGUGUUCGAGGAAUGGCAACCCAUAGCGACGUCCCUCUUUAUAUCGGCAUCGCCGUAGCCGUUGUGGUCUUCUUAGCCGGCGCUGUUGUCGUCUAUAAACUGCUGCAGAGGAAGACUAGGGAUCAUUCACUUUAUACUAUGACUAGGACUGCAGACUUCCAACCUGAGAUGUAUCCGACUGUGGAGAAGCAAUCAUUAUCACUAGCUCCUGACCUAAUGCAGCAUAGACCUCCGAGAUAUGAACAACCUCAACCUGAUACGAGAGCGGAACAUCAUUAUGACGUGCCACAUUUGACCAAUAGCUAUGCAUCACCAGUUGAUCAUCAGAUCACUCCAUGUGCAUCUAGUAAAGGUCAAAGCGAUGACUACGACAGCAAGCCUUAUAGCGAAUCUGAACAUUCUGUUUCCAGUUGCUUUACCAGUUCGGGAUCGAUGUAUGACGCAGCAAAUGAAUCAGUCACGUUACAAUUGGCUGAAUUAGUAUCAAACUCGCCAACUUCACAAUCGCUUUCUGUAUCAAGCGCUGGUGCAAGACUGGCAUUGCCGGCUGCAGGAGUAGCCUUGAAUGUACCAGAGACAGCCCUUUGUAGGGGCCGAAGGGAACAAAUCUACGUCGCCGUCGUUAGAGACGACAGAUAUCGACCCAGACUCGGCAAAGGUAUCACGCAACUGAGCCCAGUAGUUAAAUGCGGACCACCUCGUCUACAGCUAAACAAGUCUGUUAUACUCCAAAUACCACACUGUGCCAGUCUUAAACACGGCUUUUGGAAUCUGUCCCUUUAUGCCAUAGAUCACAACAACACGAAACCAGACAAUAACCAGCCUCAGUGGAAGAAAGUUGUCAGCCUCGGACAAGAAACUAUUAACACUCCCGUAUUCACCCAACUCGACAAUGACAAAAUAUUCCUAGUAACAGAUAUGCUAUCUACGUUUGUGCUAGUUGGGGAAAGUUUCAAUGGGAAAGCCGUCAAGGCUCUUCAACUUGCUGUUUACGCUCCCGCAAUGCCGAACGAGAACUUGUCUGAAUAUAGUAUAAGGCUUUAUGUAUUCGAGGAUACUCCGUGCGCUCCGUAUUAUUGUCAAGAACAGGAAAAGAAACUUGGCGGUGUGUUACUAGACCGAACCAAGACUUUGCUUUUCCAAGACGGAGGCUCGAAUCUCUGCUUGAAUCUUGAGCACGUGAGUCCCGGGUGGAAAGCCAAACCCGGAAUAGGUUAUCAAGAGAUACCGUUUAAUCAUGUGUGGAGCUCAAAUUACAACGCUUUGCACUGCAGUUUUGUAUUGGAACGGACUCAUGACUGCGAUAACAUUGAUUUUACAAUUUCCGCCUGUCAAAGAACCAACCCGUCGUACAAGCAGACAUUCCGAAUAUCUCUCGAGGACGUGCGAAGUCGAUCGCCACGCGGUCGUUCACCGCGGGCAGAGUCCCAGCGCAGUUUCAACAUUACUGAAAAUAUUUUGGAGGCUCGAAUGUGUAGGAGCGAAGAUGGUAGCGACGGGAGCGCUAAGAGAAACAUAACUGUGAGCGAAGCGGGAGUCAACGAGUGCGCCGGCGAAGGGCCAUUUAAACUGAGUGCUAGGGUGAAGCGACAGCUGUGCAGCAUAUUAGACCCGCCGAAUGCUCGGGGAAACGACUGGCGCGCGCUCGCGUCUAGGUUGGGAGUGGAUCGGUACACCACGUGGUUCGCCACAAAGAGCUCGCCCACUGAGGCUAUAUUAGAAUUAUGGGAGUGUAGGGAGCGCGGGGCGGGCGCCACCGCAGCCCUGGCCGCCGCAUUACGCCAGAUGGAUCGCCACGAUGCCGCUGAUCUACUUCAAGGGCGGCCUUCUUGGUUAUGAAUUCCUAAGCAUUCGUAUCUCGACUUCAACUAAAGUCGAGACGUAUGGACUUGUGACUACUGUUCGUGAGUUUUAUACAGAAUUUAGACUCGAUUCUUAAGGCUAUACGUGGACGUUCGUUGGUGAACUAAUCAGUAGUUUAAAUGUUAUAUUAGAUAAAGUAUAGUUUCGUUGGCCGACGGCCUGAGUUUGUAAAAUCGUUCUAGUAUAUUUUGUAUAGAUUAUCUAUGCUGUAGAUAAGCAGUGGAGGAGAUAAAUUAUAUUAAUAGUAGCAAUAAUAGUGCCUACAAUGUCUUUUAAAGAAGCACUGCCAACACGAAGUAGGUGGUCACAGUUGGUUAUUUGUUAAUUUUUAUAGGUGUUUGAGUGUUCAUUGUAUCGGAAAUUUAUCGCCUAAGUUUUACGUUUAGUUGCCUUAUUAGUUGGGAAUGCUUUGUUUAGACGAACUAUGUGCCAAAUCUCGGAUGCCACAGUACUGUUUUUGGCGAUAGUUUUAAAAAAUACGCAUAUAUUCCGAGCUUAAAACUAGACUAUAUGUACAGCCAGCGUCAUAAGUCACUGAGCAGCUAGACUUUUUCAUAUAACAAUCCGCACUCGGGCAUGAGCAUGCCUUUCCAAAUUUUUUUUUUACGAAAAGAACCAAAGCUUUAAUUGUUCAGCGAUUUCUGAUAUAACCUUUGUUUAUUACAAAGGAAAGACUUAAGCUUAUUGCAUUUAAUGUCGACUAUGUUAAGGUCGGCUUCAGACGCUCGCCACGUUGCUGAAUUUUCAUAAACACAUUUCUCUAAAUAACUAAGCGAGAUGUUGAUAGCAAACGUCAAUACUGGCUAACAGGGGCAACGGAUAUAUAUAUAAAUAAGGUAAACCGAUUCGCUUUAGUUGGAUUUUUGAUUAGGAACUUCCCCGUACUGUCCCAGUUAAAAAAACACUUUACAUCAAACCCUUAUUUUUUAAAUUACUUAGGUACUAAUCAGGUAGGUAUUCGCUAUACGCGGAAAUGAAACUAUUUUCCUUACCGAAAUCGAGUAUAUUUGUUUUUUGUUCUCUUUCUUUACAGAUCCCAUGGUCACGAUGGGGUGACCAUGGGAUCUGUGAAUAAUUUCAUUCCCAAUUAACAUCUAAAAUUUUUCAAAAAGAUGUAAUUUAUCAUUUUUCUAUUUGACAACACUAUUUUUAUUAUUACUGUAAAGACCACCGUGUCUGUUGCCUCCACGUGGCUACAAGUCCUUGUAUCACAGUAGUGAAAACGUCAUGAUAUUUAAUAAAAAUAAAUAAUUUUUUUUUAAUUAAAAAUAUAUAAAAUUUAGUUUCCGAGGAAAUAAUAUUAUUGUUUCAUCGGAACUAAAUUACUAAAUGUCAGUUAAUUGCCUAUAA